AGUAUUGCACUCCUGCACCGUAGCGGCUUGUGCUAAAAGAGUGAGCAACUCUGUGGCUCGAUUUAGCUCAUGUGAAAGUAACAGCUUUCUUUAGAUUUCUGAUACCACGUAGGGAAAUUAAAUGGGUGACAGACGGGGUUUCUAUAUGCAUAGCCCAAGGCACAUUGGAGUGAUUUUUUCUCUUUAUUGUUUAGUCGAUUAAACUGUUAAGUCAACCAAGACAAGCCUAGGCUAUAACCGAGAACCUCGCGGGCUGACAGCAAGACGUUUCGCUGUGGACAGCGGCCUUACAGGGAAGAGCGAUGGGGAGGAGAAAGAUCCAGAUCUCUCAGAUCAUGGACCAGCGCAACAGACAGGUGACCUUCACCAAGAGGAAGUUCGGCCUGAUGAAGAAGGCCUACGAGCUGAGCGUGCUCUGCGACUGCGAGAUCGCCCUCAUCAUCUUCAACGGCUCCAACAGGCUGUUCCAGUACGCCAGCACCGACAUGGACAAGGUGCUGCUCAAGUACACCGAGUACAGCGAGCCGCACGAGAGCCGGACCAACGCCGACAUACAGGAGACUCUGCACCGGAAGAGGCUGGACGGGCAGGAUCUGGACCGGAUCGACAGCCUGCAGGGGGCAGCAGAGAGGAUCCCUCAGCUCAGCACUGGCAUGGGAUUUUCUGUUGCACGGCAACGAUACUAUGCUCCCUCUCCAUUUCCUGUUGACCCCCCGUACUCUGGGGGGGUCUGUGAGAACUGGUCGGCCAGGGGCCACUCCCCCAAACCCGGCCUGCUGCCCCACAGACCCCCGCACCUCCACAAACCCCCCGCCUCCAAAUUGGGCUCCUCAACCCCCACCGGGGCCCAGGCCCACCCCACGCUCAUGCCGUCCCACUCAGGUAUUGGCUGCUCAUUGUACUCCCAUGGCAACCUGAGCCUAGGCCCUGCAAACCGACGAAUGGAGGCGCAGCCUCCUCCAGGGGACAGCCGCGCCAACCUCAGCACCGCGCAGAGGGCGCUGUAUCACAGCAUUUACCCGGGAAACCACAUGGCUGCCAUGGAGAAAGCAGGCCUUUUGGGGCACACGCUAGGGGGGUACAGGGUACCCACUCCUGAGUACACCCACCCAGGCUCCGCCCACUCUGCCAGUUUUCAGCGCAGUGUCGCGGGCACCUGGCGGCUGUCACAUGACCCAGAAGUGCAGGGGGCUCUGGGAGGUCUAGGGAUGUCGAGUGGCGGCUGCUCCUUCCCGACGCAGGUCGCCACGGCAACCCUGCCCGCUCACCCCUCUUCGUCUCCCUCUCCCCCGCUCGGCCUCAACAUCAAAUCGGAGAGGGCCUCCCCGGAACAGGCCUGCGCCCCGGCCACGCCCCCUUCGGGACAGCGGUCCAACCCGGAGCCGUAUCCACUCAGAGGGAGGGAGGAGCCCCACGGAGGAAGCCCCGCCUUCCUGCUCGGCUCUGCCAAGUCCCUAACGGAGGGAAGAGGCGGGCUCAGAGUUAACCAAUCAGAGUCCGUGCCUGAGGGAAGAGGCGGGCUCAGAGACAACCAAUCAGAGAUUGUCGAUGGUUGGCAAAGGUAGUAACCUAUCUUCAACAUAGCAAGCCCAGUUUUGUAGACUGGGCUUUUUAUGUUGAAUAAAAAUAUUUCAUUAAGAUCACAUAUUAAAAUGAAUAGCUUAUUAAAGGUAUUGGUAUAUUUUCAAAGGGAAAUGUAAGUGCUAAAUGCCUGACUAGCAGUCAAGAGCAUACAAAAUAUAGUCCAGUGCUGAAUAUUCUUGCUCAGGGAAUUUUCCUAUUUUGCUCUAUAUAUACAGAUAGAAAUAGUGCAGUUUCUAUAAACUUUGACCACCAUGUGAAGGCACUGAAUUUCUGGGGCAUUUAAUUUUAUUAACUUUUUUUUAAAUGGUACGGGUUUUGAAAAAAACAAACAAAAAAAAAACAACUUUUUGUCAUAACUAGGAUGAUCAAAGUGAGAAUCGACUUCUCUUUUUUGCGGGGACUCAGAGUGGGCGGGGAUAGAAUUACACAGGGGGUGGCCAAUCAGCUGUGAGUUAAGGUAAAUGGGAGUGGCCAGAUUGAGAGAACCAUUUUAAGGCACCAGGUUUAGCACCCUUACUAUUUCUAAUUAUACAUGCAUGACGUAUGUGGUGGAAAUUACCUUAAUUUCGCCCGGUCGGUGAGAAGAGUCCAACAGACUUGCACACAAUAUUCUGUUCAAAUACCUUUAUUCAGCCCAAUAGGAGAAUCCACACAGCGCCACAACAUGUCUGUAUGAAAGCUCCCAGAACAGGCGAAAAGCCAUUCAUUUUAUACAGUUAAAAGUAGGUGAAAGGCGGGUUCUGGAAUUUUCCCAAAACCUGUCUGUCUCAAACUGUUCUGCAGCUUGUGUCUGAUUGGUUAAAAACAUUGGAUUUCUGAGAUACAGACUUGUUUAGACGUUCUGACUUCUUCAAGGCUAUCAUGUCACAGUGACUAAAAACAAUGGAGAAAUACAGAGAUAGUGUUCUGGGGAAAACAGGAACACACACGGGAGGGGCUAUGCAUUCCCAAUAAUUCUCAGUUAGACAGAAAAUAAAUUUUAAAUGAUUUCUUAAGGUUAUAUAAAAGCGAGUAAAUAUGUAAACAGUAAUUUCUCAUUUUUCCCUUACACGUAUCGCAGGAUCUUUAAUGGCCUUUGUAAGUGAUGACCUUGCUGUACAAUUCCAGUUGUGAUUCCAGUGCUAGUUUGUACUUGGUAGGAUUCUUGUUUGCUGAACAGCUUACUCUACAGGGUUGGAGUCCUGAUCGAUGUGGUCACUUCUGGCACUACGAUCCUUACUUCACUCUAGUGUUUCUUUUGCACCUCUACAUCGUGAACCAAUGCACUUGUUGUAAGUCGCUCUGGAUAAGAGCGUCUGCUAAAUGCCUGUAAUGUAAUGUACGACUGAACCCAAUAUCUCUAGUCUUGUCUGAAAGGCGUUUUUGCUUAGAUCGCUGUGAGGAAGCUCCGUUGUUUCAAAAUGUCGCUCAUCUGGGAGGUCCCCUGCAUUCAGCCAAUUUAUUGCCUGCAAGAAAGUGAAUUCUUUUAGGACAGAAAUUCCUGAUUUGCACUUUCAUUUAUAAUAAAACUUUUUUGUAAAAUUAUUUGAUUUUUCACGUGGUUCAUGUUAGAUAAGAAUUGUUUAAAAAUGUUAUUUCAUCCAUAGAUGAUGUAGAUGCCCUGGUUAUGCACUUGAAUACUUCUCAUCCUUCGACAGGGUCAUGUAUUUUUCACACCGGAAAUCAGUUUUAAGACUGCAUCAAAGAUUCUGUUGAUUUCCCGCGUGCAUUCAAACAAGUGUUUUCUGCACAUACUAUUACAUUUUAAUUGUCGAAGCCCUAUUUGUACCACACCUGCUUGCUUUGCACAACUGUACAAAACGCUUGCCAUUUUUUAACAGCAAUAAAAUUGUAUUUAUACAUUUAAAA